AACCUCCUUUGUUGCUUUGGGACUUGUGAGUUGAACUGACAUUAAUACUCUCUCUCUUCAGUUUUCGUAUAGAAAUCGGAGUCAGUCUCACUCUUUCACUCUCACCGGUCAUGAAAGACUCAAACUUAGUAUACAAUCGUCGUCAGUCAGAGACAAAGGAGGAAAGAAAACCAAUGGAUUCUCUCUCUGUCUUCACCCAUUCUGAGAUUAUGAAAUUGGAGAAUAUAUUCAAGGAGACACCACAACAAGCACUUACUCAGGGGUUUUUCCAAAAUCUUGCGAUAGAUUUCAGCUGCCAACCAAGCCGUCUUGGAAAAUCGGAUAUAACACAGCAACAGGUGGAAGGUUGGUUCCAGAGCAGACGAAAAGAGAUUCAAGCCAAAGGCACUACUUCAUCUGGUGCCUUUGAUUGGGUUGUUGAAUCCCAUGAAGAUCUUUCAGAUUUGACUAUGUUCAGCAAUGAACCUGACAAUUCUCAAAAAGAUCCAUGCAUCACAGAUCUUUCAGAAUUGGCAUUUGAAGCAAAAUCAUCAAAAGAUGGUGCAUGGUAUGAUGUUGCAUCUUUCCUCACUUACAGAGUUGUCAGUUCAGGAGAACUAGAAGUUCGAGUUCGUUAUGCUGGAUUUGGUAGGGAGGAGGAUGAAUGGGUAAAUGUGAGAAGAGCAGUGCGUGACAGAUCUAUUCCUUUAGAAGAGUCUGAGUGUCAUAAGGUCAAGGUUGGGGAUCUUGUCCUAUGCUUCCAGGAACGAGAAGAUGAAGCUGUCUACUUUGAUGCCCUUGUUGUGGAAAUCCAGAGGAACUUACACGACCAAACAGGCUGCAGGUGUAUUUUUGUUGUUCGCUUUGACCAUGAUAAAAGCAAGGAACAAGUUCCGUUGGGAAGGAUAUGUUGCAGGCCUUCAGAAUACACUUCUUCAGCCAUUGUUAAAUCCGAUCAGGACAUCAAACCUAAGCCGGAGAACAAACCUAAGCCAGAGAUAAAUAGAGAUGAAGAUAUGAAGUUUUCUUUUCUUUAUUGAGAUGUGGCACCGCAGAUGUUAGUAAAAGUUCUUGAGAGUUCAAUCCUCAACAUCAGAAUUAGUUGCCAAUGCAAAGCAUGGUGUAUUUGCAAACACUUGAGCUUUUUACAGUUACUGAUUAACCAGUAAAAAUUCUUCAACCUAUAUGCUAGCUAACAAAUAGUUAUUCAUC